UGUGGUUAGAGGGAGAGAGAGAGAUAGUUUGUGUGUGUGUGUGUGUGUGUGUGUGAGAAACAGAGAGAGAGAGAGAGAGACUUCCACACACACCGCGCGCACACUCCACGGAGAGCCACGCGCGCGCCUCUCGGACCGUGGACUCGUAUUUAUCCCUCGUGUUUAUUUCUUCUUUCGUCGCUGCAGAACUUCGUUUAUCUCCAAUGAAGCGUGAUUUGAUGCUGUUAAAGUCUUCUACUUGACAACAUUGGCUCGUGGGGUUUUUGUUUUUUGUUUUUUUUUUCUUCCGCCAUGAGCUGCUUGGAUGUCAUGUACCAAGUGUACGCGCCGCCUCAGCCUUACUUCACCCCAACUUACAGCCCGUACCAUCAUCAUCCUCAUCCUCAUCCUCACCACCAGAAAUUGGCUUUCUAUUCCAAAAUGCAAGAAGAACCCGUAAGCGGAGGGAACUCGUUCUCCAGCCAUCCCGCGCCCACUAUAAAGGAGGAGGACUGCGUGCCCGAGAAGGAGCAGCCGCCCGAGGCCGAGUACAUCAGCUCACGAUGCGUCCUCUUCACCUACUUCCAGGGAGACAUCAGUUCAGUGGUGGACGAACACUUCAGCCGUGCCCUGAGCCAAACCACCAGCUACGGCGCUGCCUCAUCCAGCGGCAACAAAAGCGCACGAGGGGCCGCGUCCUGGAAAGACGGAUCGUUCCCAAUGAGCCAGCGCAGUUUCCCUCCGUCCUUCUGGAACAGCACGUACCAGCCCUCAGUCACGUCGUCUUUAAGCAGUGCUCUGGGUGCGUCCCACACCGACCUGCCCUUCCCUGCUGACCCGUACUCCAGCACCUCGUUACACAGCCACCUCCACCAGGCAACGCCGGAAUCCUGGCACCCGACACACCACCACCACCAUCAUCCGUACCCACUCGGCGGCCCCAUCAGCGCUCAGAGCUCGGCGUAUCCUCGGCCGUCGGUGCACGACGUGUACGGGACGCACUUCGACCCGCGGUACAGCUCUCUCCUAGUGCCCUCGGUGCGGCCGCACAGACUGCCCCCGGCCAUGGUGCCCGCUCCCGGACCCUCGUCUUGUGACAUCAGCAAGAGCGAUCCAGCCAGCUCGGCGUGGACCGGAGCUUUCACUGGGACGGGAUCCGAUAUGGGACAGAGCCUCAGCCUGAACGUGGACGCAGGUCUGCAAAACCAGGAUAAAAGCAAGGACUUGUAUUGGUUUUAGUGGCCUGCCUGCCUGCCUGCCUGCCUGCCUGCCUGCCUGCCUGCCCGCUCCAGCCUCGGCUGAUCUCUGUCUUUCUGUGCCUUGCGCUUAGGCCAGAGCAGGCUUGUCUUUUUUUUUUUUCCCUUCUUCUUCUUCUUCCCUGUAACAGAUUGUGAUCUCACUUGCAGCUCGGCGCUACACGCUCUGCAGUGGGGUCAUCCUGAGCUGAAAUAGCACCACAGUGGAUAAACCCCAAGGCUCUGGAAGCCCCUUCCAGAGCGGAGAAACAGAGAGAGAGACAGAGGCGAGUCUCGCUGGAGGAACGGCCUUCCAGAAAUACACGCCGGUGGUGUGACCGGCAGCUGUUCUCUCCAAAGCAGACGCACUUCCAAGAGAAAUAAUAAUAAAGAUAAAUAAAUAAAAAAGUAGAACAAGCGCUUCAUUCUGGGAUGCGUGAGAACCGGAUCGUCAGAAGUGUUUCAGAACGUCCUUAACAACAGGGACCACGGCCAGUGUCGAAGACAGGACAGGGUCUUAUUUCAACUUUUUUUCGUUCUUUUUUUUUUUUUUUUAAUUAGAAACGAGAGACUCCGAUGAGAGAGCAGCAUUCUCUGUCGUAUAUUACAGAAGAGACCGGAGGCUAUUUGAAGCCACUUGACUCUAUCUAUAUUGCUCUCGACAGCUGUCAUCGACAACUGGCUCGGAGCUCAGCGGACACACAAUCGCAGCGUCGCUCUGCGCCAGUUCUCCACCUGGGAUUUUUUGUUUAUUAUUUUAUUUCAUUUUGUAAAAAAAAAAAAAAAAAAAAAAAAAAAAAAAGGAGUGUUUUUUCGAACACACCCACGUGCAACCAAGUGGUUUGUGAGUUAAGGAUAAACAAGGAGAAGAGACACGUGAGGAAGUGCCAGCAAAUGGACACACACACACACACACACACACAUACAGACUGUUUCAGUGUUGCUGUAUAUAUCCUACAUGUAUCUGAAUGUGAAGUCGGCUCAUUGCUGUGAACACACUGCCAAAAAUCUGCUGUUCGGAUUUCAGUCAUCACCGGCUCAGUAGCUACGUUUACACGCAGCCCAAGUAUUUCCAAAUAUAAAAAGAAUUUACAUCAAACUGUGUCGAUUUUAUAUCCACCAAGACCUUGGAGCGACGCUAUUUCAUUCUGCUAUAUACUUAUAUAUAGCUAGAAUGACAUUAUAGCACUCAACUAUCUACGUUUAUUCCGAUUUGUCUCUGUAAAGUUCAUUAUUUGUGCCAGUUUGCCUUUUGAAAUAUUACAACAUUGUAUAUUUCAUAUAUAAUAUGCUAUAGAUGAAAUAGAUCACACGUUAUAACAUUCUAAAAAUCUGAGAACGCGUUACAAAUCCGGGGGAUUUUUUUUUUCACGCUUUGAGAAUUUUAAUACAAAGAAAGGAAAUGUUCGAUAUCUUGAGUAGUGACUUGUUUCUAGGUCGCGAUUUAAAUAGAAAUGUAAGCGAAUUUGUGAUAUGGAUCGCGAAAGAUACGGUUUCCCCUUUCUGUUGGCGCACGUGUUCAGACGACACGCCCCUUCCACGGAUCGUCCGCGUCCACGUCCGCGUCUGUCGUUAAAGCCGAAAAGGAGGAUGUACCACUGAGUACACUACGAAAUUCCCAAGUGCGUGUAAAUACUUCUGUAAGACUUCCCUCCAGACGGUAAUAUCGUUUGUAAUGAAAAAUACCGUUAUAAAUCGGAAAAGGAACGCUAAACAGAUGCGGUUUCACGCGCGCUGCCAGAUUCUGGACCUCACCGUACUGUGUUUAAUGUAAAUCAAAGACCAAAAAUCAAUACGCACAAAUAAACAACACAAAGCUGUGUUCGCUUCCACGUUUUUGUUUAUUUUAUUUAUUUACUUCCUUCUAUCUAUCUAUUUAUUUAUUUAUUUACUUCGCCUAAACCGAAUAGGGCUCGAUAGAUUAUGACUGUCACUUCCGGCCGUAGACGUACGUCGAAAUACGUCCGUUUUAAUAGAGCGCGUUACAGAUCAAACCAGCAAACGUUUUAAAUCGAUUUAUUUUACAACGAGAAUGUCACAGAAACGAGAUUUCUAUCUGGUUGAACCAGAUCGAUCGUAUCAGACUCUUAAGCAAACUUUCACGCGUACGGUAGUGUUCGGAAACUGAGAUUUUUUAAAAAUAUAAACUAUUGCUUAUAUACAUAUAUAUAUAAGAUUUUAAACAAUUAGGACGCAAGAAUGAUGCAAAACUGGCUUUCUUACCUAAUUAAACAAGAUCUAUCCUUCUGUCCACAGAGGUGAUUCGGAUUACUAGUAAAUUUCGGGUAAAUAUAAUAAAUAAAUAAAUAUUUCGGCGUCUGAGAUCGACGUGAGUCCGGACACGUCUCUGCGUGUAAACACAGCCCGUGUGACCAGUGUGACGAGUCCCAGUGGUGAAUUUGAACACAUUAAUAUAUUACCUUGUACAGUAUGUUUCCUUGCUGCGGAGAGUUCAGUGUUUCUCUGCUUUAUCUGUACCGUCUGUCUUCAUGCUAACCGAGUGGAACUGUGUCCUACAUGCAGCUUAGUUCAAAACAAACAAACAAACAAACAGAAGUGCAUGCACGCUGCUCUAAAUGCUCCCAAAGUACUUAUUUGAAAAUUGUGAAAUAUUGUACGUAAAAAAAAAGAAAAGAAAAAAAAAUCAGUGCAUUUAAACAAGCGUGGAGACUUUUCUAUUUUUAAAUUAUUUUUUUUUUUUUUUUUUUUUGUAAUGCCUUUGGCAUCUGAGCCGGACUUUUAUAGAAGAAUGAUUCCAUACAACAUUGCGAACCUUCGCCUUUUCAUAGUGACCUUCCCCGUGUAUGUUAUUACCCGUGUACAUAAAGGCUCGACGUCAAGGA